GGAUCUGUAACUUUCUCUCAGCUCAGUGGAAGUUAUUAUCAGUAAAUUAUUAAUAUUUGUGUGUGUUUGUGUGUUAGUUCAGUGUUGUAUUGGAUGAGAGAUUGGAUUAGAUCAGACGGAGGGAUGGCGCGCUGCAGUGCAGUUAUGAAAGCUCUGGUUUUCCUCACAUUUUUUCUGCAUCUUUCAUCAGCAGUCACACACUCUCUACAGUACGUCUACAAUGGAGUUACACCGGGAAUAAAUUUCCCAGAAUUCACCACUGUGGGUCAGGUGGAUGGACAGCAGUUUGGUUACUACGACAGUAAGAUCAGGAAAAUGAUCCCGAAGACGGAGUGGAUACAGAAGAUCAAUGCUGAUAAUCCAGAUUACUGGAACACAGAGACACAGAAGCAGCAGGGUUGGCAGGAGAUCUUCAAAGCCGGUGUGGAUACACUGAUGCAGCGCUUUAAUCAGACUGCAGGAGUUCACACAGUGCAGCUGAUGUACGGAUGUGAGCGUGAUGAUGACGGCACCACUAGAGGAUAUUUUGAGGUUGGUUAUGAUGGAGAAGAUUUCCUCAGUUUUGAUCUGAAAUCUCUCACAUGGAUCGCUCCGACACCUCAAGCUCUGAUCACCAAGAACAAGUUGGAGGCUACAGGAGCUAAUGCUAAUCACUGGAAGAACUACCUGGAGAAAGAGUGUAUCGAGUGGUUACAGAAGUACGUGGCUUACGGCAGAGAGACUCUGGAGAGGAAAGUUCCUCCUACAGCGUCAGUGUUCCAGAAACACUCGUCUUCUCCAGAGGUGGUGUGUCACGCUACAGGUUUCUUCCCCAAAACAGUGAUGAUCACCUGGCAGAAGGACGGAGAGGACGUGCAUGAGGACGUGGAGCUCAGAGAGACGUUACCCAACCAGGAUGGAAGCUUCCAGAAGAGAAGCAUUCUGACAGUCCCAGCUGAGGAUCUGCAGAAACACACCUACACCUGCGUGAUUCAGCACAGCAGCUUGGAGAAGGAGAUAGUGCUGCGUGAGGAGGAUAUUCGAAUCCUGAAACCUGGUGGAGGAUCAGGUGGAGGAUCAGGUGGAGCUCCGAUCGGUAUCAUCGUUGGUGUAGCCGCGGUUCUCCUGGUUCUCGUUGCCGUUGUUGCUGGAAUUGUGGUCUGGAAGAAGAAGAACUCUGGCUUCAAACCUGUUCUACCCAGACCUGCCUCUGAAGGAGAUUCUUCCACCAACAACUCUUAAAGUGGACUGUGUGUGUUCCCGCUGCACUGAGAGAGAGAGAGGAGGAGAGGGAGAUGAAGACCACACACACACACACACACACACACACCCCGCUAACACGUGCACACACACACUAUCUCACACACACACACACUCACACACACACACACACACACAUUAUCAUAACAGAUUGGACUAAAGUGUAAAAGAGCAGGAGCCGAGAUCUUCAGAUGUGAUCCGUGUUGAACAUCCAUCCAUCCAUCUUCUACACCGCUUUGUCCUUUUCAGGAUCACGGGGAACCUGGAGCCAAUCCCAGGGAGCAUGGGGCACAAGGCAGGGUACACCCUGGACAGGGUGCCAGUCCAUCGCAGGGCACCAUCACAUACACACUCACACACCCAUGCUUACCAUGCAUGUCUUUGGACUGGGGGAACAAACCGGAGUACCCGGAGGAAACCUCCACAGCACGGGGAGAACAUGCAAACUCCGUACACACAGGGCCACGGUGGGACUCCGUGUUGAACAGAUUGGACUAAAGUGUAAAAGAACAGGAAGCGGGAUCUUCAGAUCUGAUCCGUGUUGAACAGAUCGGACUAAAGUGUAAAAGAACAGGAAGCGGGAUCUUCAGAUGAUCCGUGUUGAACAGAUUGGACUAAAGCGUAAAAGAACAGGAAGCGGGAUCUUCAGAUCUGAUCCGUAUUGAACAGAUCGGACUAAAGCGUAAAAGAACAGGAAGCGGGAUCUUCAGAUGAUCCGUGUUGAACAGAUCGGACUAAAGCGUAAAAGAACAGGAAGCGGGAUCUUCAGAUCUGAUCCGUAUUGAACAGAUUGGACUAAAGUGUAAAAGAACAGGAAGCGGGAUCUUCAGAUCUGAUCCGUGUUGAACAGAUUGGACUAAAGUGUAAAAGAACAGGAAGCGGGAUCUUCAGAUGGUCCGUGUUGAACAGAUUGGACUAAAGUGUAAAAGAACAGGAGUGAACACAGCAGAAGCAGGAGUUCAUGCUGAUGAUCAGCACUCAAAGCUUUUCUUUUCUCCACACGUGGAAAACACAAAUCUACUAAAUGUCACGGCACUGACUCCAUGAUUUAUUACUGAACUCAGUUUAAAGCAAAAAAACAAUCCAUUCAACACGUUUUCACAUUUCUACGACCCAAAUCUCUCCCACAAUCCCUCUGUUCUGUCUGUGUAACAAUCUGAACCAAUAAUAAAGUCUAUUUUCUUCA